AUGUUACUUGGUCACCAGAUAGAUAGCUUUUCUAGCCUUAUGGAUACUGCAGAGGAGGAGGAGACAGAGAUUAAGGAACAUCUUGCAGAGUACGCUCGCCAUGUUUCCUGCCUUGUUGAGCUGAAACAACGUUUUUUUUCGACUCACCGAGAACUGGAAGCCGCGAAGACAAAACUGACUAAGCUUCAGAACGAGCGAUUGCGUCUCGAGGUCAGUAUACACUAUUUAAAAUUUGUCAAGAAUCUAUGA